UGAGGCCUCACCUUUCAUUCCAGCAAAGUGCACCAGCGGAGCAGAGAUGAGUCACAGGCUCUGGCGCUCAGAUUCCCAUAGGUGAGGUACUGACUCCUCUCUCUGGUGAAACGCGGGUGCUUGCUCCUCAGGAGUGGCCUUGGCAGGGUGUUGGAGCCCGCAGUCUGCCCGGUCUGGUCUCUGGGGCCAGGGCUGGGUUUCCCUCAUGUAUGGCAAGAGCUCUACGCGUGCUGUGCUUCUUCUCCUUGGCAUACAGCUCACAGCUCUUUGGCCCAUAGCAGCUGUGGAAAUUUACACCGCCCGAGUGCUGGAGGCUGUCAACGGGACAGAUGUUCGGUUAAAAUGCACUUUCUCCAGCUUUGCCCCUGUGGGUGAUGCUCUAACAGUGACCUGGAAUUUCCGUCCCCGAGAUGGGGGGCAUGAGCAGUUUGUAUUCUACUACCACGUGGAUCCCUUCAAACCCAUGAGUGGGCGUUUCAAGGACCGUGUGGUCUGGGACGGGAACCCUGAGCGGUAUGACGUCUCCAUCAUCCUCUGGAAGCUGCAGUUUGAUGACAAUGGGACAUAUACCUGCCAGGUGAAGAACCCACCUGAUGUUGACGGACUGAUAGGGGAGAUCCGGCUCAGCGUUGUGCAGACUGUACGCUUCUCUGAGAUCUACUUCCUGGCCCUGGCCAUUGGCUCUGCCUGUGCACUGAUGGUCAUAAUAGUAAUCGCUGUGGUCCUCUUUCAGCAUUUCCGGAAAAAGCGAUGGGCUGAAAGAGCUCAUAAAGUGGUGGAGAUAAAAUCAAAAGAAGAGGAAAGGCUCAACCAAGAAAAAAAGGUUGCUGUUUAUUUAAACGAUACUGACUAACAUUCUUAGAUGGAAGCUGAAGAUUUCCAAGAACAAGAACCCUAGGAUAAAUUGAAGUUAAUGGAAGCUUUUCUUUGGCUUUUUCAGUUGUGACCUGCCUUCCAACCUGCUCUGCAGUACAUAACCACCUAGACAAGCAACAUCCCUCUGGAGCCAGCAUAGGGCCCUUCUUGAGCAGAUACCACCAGACUCAGACACAGCCCCAAUUAUUAAGGUUUUAUUUGAUUUUAGAAUUCAAAUAUUUUUCAAAUGCUCAUUAGUUUUUGUAUACUAUGAAGCUGCAUUUUUGCCCUUAAAUACCCUUAUGGAUUAUGACUUGUACACACAUAUAUUGGUAGCAAAUGGGAUAAAAGCCAAGUUGUCUAUCAUGACAUUUCCUUUAACAUAUUAGUUUCUCUAGAGCAGUAUUCUCGCUACUAAAGUUAAUGUGUUUACUUUUUCCUUCUCACACUCUCAAUUAAAGGUGAGCUAAUUAUCCCAGCUGUUUUUGAUUAACAGAAAAUCUUAAAUUUAAACUGUUAAGGAACAGUUUGAUUUUUAUGGCACUCCUUAAGUAUGGGACACAUUUUGUUUUAGUGAAUUUCUUUCGAUAUCCUAGAUGACGGU